UUGUACGUGUUGUACAACAAGUCUAGUGUAAGUUACAAGUGAAAGCCGUAAUCAGUUAGCUUUAAAUCGAAACGAAUUAGAAGUCGGUGCAUCAACAGAAAUCGAUUUCAAUAUCUAUACAUAUCAGAUAAAGUGUCUAUCCAAGAGAAGAAAACGUGCAACCUGAAGUGUGAAGUGUGAAUCAAAGUAGAGAGCAAAGUAAGAUAAAAUUCGAAUACCUAUCAUUUAAUGAAAAAGUGCCAGGAAAAGUUUCGUCCGAAGGCUGAAACAAGUGCGAUAGGCCAAGAGUGGUUUUCACAUUGUUCAGUGUAUGUGUGAUUGCAAGUAGUUGUAAGUGGAGUUAUAAAAUAGUUAGAAAAAAAAUCAAUCAUCAAAUUGCAUCCCGCCACCUCCAGAAGAGAGGAGCUUUUUCUUCUCGCUGUUGUUGUUGUUGCCACAUACACAACGACACCCGAUGUAUUCCCACCACAGCAGAUGGAAUCAGCGGAAACGGAAAUACUAGGAGAUCGUUUCUGCUGCUCACACCGAUGCCCACAAAACGACGCGGUGAUCAAUUGAGGGAUUGUUCCGUUUCGUUGCCACUGGACAUUCUAUGGUUACCCAAGGCGGCUAUGAGGCCCAUCGGGCCACCCGACACCGCCCACUCAGAGUGCGUCCUCAUCGUAGGCGUUUCCCGUCCUAAACUAGCGGCACUGUUCUUAUCGGUUAUGUUGUUAUCGCUUUUCCUUACGUUCCACAUCCUGUACGACAGCGCUGUUUACAGCAUACAGGCUGCAACGGCUAUAUCCGAAAACAAGAUCGCCAUACUAACGAAUCACAUUCCGAAUCCACCGACGAUUAAUCAUCCCGUGGUUUUCCCCAACAGGAUCCAUUUCCCCAAGACGAGCAGAAGACUUCCGCAAUGUUUGAUAAUUGGAGUGAGAAAAUGUGGCACACGUGCGCUGCUGGAGAUGCUGUAUCUUCAUCCUCGAAUUCAGAAAGCGGCUGGCGAGAUUCAUUUCUUCGACCGCGACGAAAACUAUCUCAAGGGGCUGGAAUGGUACCGAAAGAAAAUGCCUCACUCGUUCCGCGGCCAGAUUACCAUCGAGAAGAGCCCCAGCUACUUUGUGACGCCCGAGGUACCGGAACGUGUCCGCGCAAUGAAUGCAUCCAUAAAGCUACUGUUAAUUGUGCGAGAACCGGUAACGAGGGCGAUAUCGGAUUACACUCAGCUACGGAGUCAUGCAGCGACGGCCACAUUGCCACAGCAACAAAGUUUAUCUUCCACAUCGCCACUAUCCAGAACAUUCGAAGAUUUGGCGAUCAUGCCAAAUGGAACCGUUAACGAAGCGUACCGUCCACUGGCGAUAUCACAGUAUCAUGUUCACGUGCACAGGUGGUUGGAAGUCUUCCCGCGGGAGCAGUUACUUGUCGUCAACGGUGACCAACUGAUUGAGGAUCCCGUGUCACAACUACGGCGAAUCGAGGAUUUUUUAGGAAUCGAACCUCGCAUCGGUAGUAACAACUUCUAUUUCAACGAGACGAAAGGGUUCUACUGCUUGCGUAACGAAACCGGUGACAAGUGCCUGCGGGAGACAAAAGGCCGUAAGCACCCGCGGGUCGACCCGGUUGUGGUUUCCAAGCUGCGUAAGUUUUUCGUCGAACAUAAUCAAAAAUUCUACGAGCUGGUCGGCGAGGACCUCGGCUGGCCGGAGGAGUAAGACCUGUGCCACGGACUGUUUUUCCUGAUAGUCGAAUUCCUGUAUUUACUACCUUGUGUUAGUGUUUUAUUCUUGCUGAUGAAAUGAUUACGUCGCCCAACCAGCAGUAUAUUCCAUCUAAUCGCACAAAUGAAGGUGAGCGGUAUUUUCUAUUCUUUUGGAGCGUCCAACUCAGGGCACGUUAUGGGAAGGUGAGUGCGAAACCGAACUGAAUCAAACUAGAGGAGCAGGGGUAGGCGAUGCAGAGGAAGAUAUGGAAGGACGUAAGAUUAUAAUGACGGAAAAUGUGAAAGAGUGUUUAGAACUAGCGCUACGUUUAAAAACACGGUUAGAUAGGUAUUAAUUAAUAUGAAAUCGAUAUUUUCCUACCGCAGGAGUUGCUUAUGAUAUCAUGAGGGGGCUCUUCCAACGGAUGGUACCGGGUAAAGCUUGAGCAUUCGUUUUCAGUUCAGUCAUUUUGAAGAUAAUGAUUUUCUGCAGAUGUUCCACUAGACAGGUUUUCUGAUGGUACGAGUCUGUAGCUUGAUUGUGUUUCGAUUAGUAGGUUGAUUGUAAGUAUGAAAAAUGAUCGAACGCAUGGCAGAUGACUAACAACCACAUUGCGAUAAGCUGACGGUGUGGUUGAUUAAUGACUUUAAGCAGUCCGUUAUAGAUAUUCAAGGACAAUAUCAGAGGAAAUGUUGGGUCAUAAGUUUUUCACGUGCAUAUUCUAUUCUAUCCUACAUAUUC